AUGUCGCCACCCCAAGGGGACAUGGGAAGCAUCCUGAAGCAACUCCACGCCGGUCAGAUCGUCAGUCCGCAGGCAUCCGCAGCGAUGAUUGAGAUGCUCAAACUUUGCAAUGAUCGUCGCAUGAUUCCCCGCGACUUAAAACCUGACAUCCCAAUCGCACAUAAGAUUGGAUCGAGUGGGCGCAUCAAAGGGGAUGUUGGCCUUAUCUUCCUCCCAACGGGCCCCCUUGUUGUCUCCGCGUUCGCACUUGCCAGCGGUGAUGGUGUCCGUGGGGAUGAGGCGAUUGCGGAGAUCGCCCGGUUAGCGGUGGAAGUUUUUUCACCCAAAAGUAUUGUUUAA